AUGGUUCUGAGCUUCAAACGAGGUGGAGGUCUAAUUAAUAAGCUUAUUGAUAACCUACCUUUUGAGGCACAUCUGUUGGGUGGAUACCAAUUUUGUGGGGCUGGUACUAAAUUGGAGAAACGUCUGGCAAGGGGCGACAAAGGGAUCAAUCCACUUGAUAGUUACUGCAAGGAACACGAUAUAGCAUACGCUCAGAACAAGGAUUUAACGAGUAGACACAAAGCUGACAGGCUGCUGGCCGAUAGGGCGUGGACGAGAGUAUCGGCUCCGGACGCUAAACUCGGUGAAAAGGUAAACGCUUUUUUAGUAACGAACGCUAUGAAAGCAAAACUUAAACUCGGUGCUGGUAUGAAGAAAUCGAAGUCAGAAAGUGUUACAAAGAAAAGGCAGAAAAGGAGUCCGAAACAUGACAGUAAGAAUGGAAAUACACAGAAGAAACACCUCAAGGAUGCUAUACUGGCGGCUAAAAACGAACUUAAAAAGAGUAAAAGCAAAGAACUUAAGGUAUUGGUUCCUGCAGCGUUGAAAGCUGCAAGAAAUGCGAUGAGGGGUGGUAAAAAGGAUCAAAUAAAAAAACCUAGAAUCAUACCCAUACCCAAAUCUGGAGGAGCGUUACCGUUCCUGUUGCCAUUAUUUGCCGGACUGUCUGCCAUCGGAAGUCUGGCCGGCGGAGCUACCUCAGUGUAUAAAGCCAUAAACGAAGUUAACAGAGCAAGAAAGGAAAAUGAACUUAUACUUAUAAGAUCAAGAACUGACCUAAAUGCUAUGCUUGGUGAGGUUAAGACUGAAACAGGAGCUGCAGUUGCUAACAAGAUGUCGAACAGAACAGUCGUAUGUGAUAUCCAAGGGUUCCGUGGACUAAAAAAUGAGUUCAUCGUGAAGGAAGCAGCUUUUCUCACAACUUCAGGUGCGGGUACAGAUCACAUCGACGGAAAACCUCAGAGAAAAGAAAAUUGUGCAAGAUAUCUAGAACGUCUACAGGAGAACUUGCUAGAAACAUUGCUUGACAACUCUGAUGGCUCCGAGACGGAACCAUCCUCUAGGAAAUACUUCCUGCACAUGUUUAGGAGGUUUUUAAAAGAUAACCACCUUGCGAGCCUGAACAACCAAAACGUAGAGCCAACUCCGUUGCCAAUUGCGUUGAGCUAUUUCCACCGAUUGCUCAACAUUGUGAGGAGAUUGUGGGAGCGUGAGUGUGCAGCUGUGCCUGUCUACGUUCCCAUUGCCAAGUUCUACGAUGGUUCCAUCGACUACUUCACGCUGGAUCGCUUGGGAGGUGUCCUCAGUCAUUUGAUACACACGUUCCAAUCUUCACUGGUCAGCGAGCUAGGCGAGGACCACAGAAUGCUGGUAGACCCACCUCAGACUGCCAACACUAAUGUGCAGAUCCAAGUUCGUGGAAUGGAUGCCACAGGAGCGAUGUUGGCGAUGACUCGGUGGGCCAACCUAACCUACCCUUCGCAGCGUGAGUCAGAAGACGUUCAGCCAGAACCUCUGCAGAGUCAUGAGUCACUGGUCGAAUUGCUGGACGGAGUGGUACUGUUGUACAGCCUGGCUGCUCACAAACAACUGCAGAAGGUUAGCGCUCUUAGAGAUGAGAUGGACAAAUAUAUCAAAUCUCUGAAUGAGGCCAAAUUGAGGUUAAGUUUAGCUAAGAAAAAUAAUCCAGAAUCAGUAAAAGAAAUUGAAGCCUCCAUUCAAGUGUUUGAACACAAGCUAGAGGAGCAGUCCAGGGUGUCAAUGUUGUGGAUGAGAGGAGGAGUGUUGACAUCAGACAAGAGAGCCAGCCUGGUGUGGCUGUUGAGAGUUGUGUUGAACACAUUAGAGAGAGCCUCUCAACAUGGUGAUUUGUUCGCCUUUGUGCCAGAGUUUUAUGUGGAGACGAUGGUGGAGCUUUGUGUGGCAAUCCGCAGCUACUUCAGUCCAACACUGCCUUUGCAAGAAUUUAUUGAUCACAAAAAACUAAUGAUCCAGGUUGCAGAAUUUUUGGUGAAACAUUUCACAGACUCGAGAAUAGUGAAUUUGGGAAGCAAAGACUCGAUGAUUGAAGCUCUAGCAGGCUUUGUAGCCAAGAAACCUACACUGGAAAUUGUUGAAAACAUAUCACAUCAAAGCCAGCAGGCACUGGUCUCUAUGCUACUACAGCCGUAUGACAACCGACCGUGGGGCCAGAGUAACUGGAUCUUGAUGAGGAUCUGGCAAGGUUGUGGCUUUGCCUUCCGCUACAUCAAGUCUCCUCACCUCAGUAAAAAGCUCGGUCCUCGCACUCCCGGGGCGGACUCCAACCUGCUCAUACAGCAGGCAUUUGAGCCGUGUCCGUCACAACAGUACCAACAGCUGGUCGCUCAGAUGCUGAGGCAGAAUGAACACUUGGCCGCUGAGUUCCUCAACUCUGUGCUGAAGCAGCUCAACUGGUCUUUCUCUGAGUUCAUCAGCAUGAUUCAAGAGAUACAAAACUUGUCUAAGAGACCUGAGCGAGUGGUCAUCGACGCUCGGCAACUCAAGAUCUGUGCCACUUGCUUUGACUUUGUACUGAGUCUGCUGCGAGUGCUGGAGAUGGUGUGUACAGUGUGUCCGGAGGUGUUCACGGACAUGGCCAGGGAAAGUGCUGAAAACCUGCUGGAACGGCUCACUCAGCUACUUGGGCAGAUCCUGUUGAGAGUGACGUCUCCCACUGGAUGUUUCAACCAUGUUGUCUCACUGGAGGUGCCUGACCUUGACUCAAUAGAUCAGUUCCCCAUAUUGUCUGCUGCUGUGGGCGUAUUGCUGGCACUACUUUCUGAGGACCUUGAUAAAGAAGGACCAGCAAUGUCAAUUGCUGCUAGAAGUCUUCUGUCGGAUCCAGCUUUUCAGAUCGACUCUUUAAAACAUGUGUUGGGAGAAAAUAAAAUUGCCGUUGGAGUAAAGGAGACUUUUUCAUUCAGAAAUUAUGCCGAUUGUGUGAGUGCAGCAGAGCUAGAGAUUGUGUCUAGGCUGAUCUCUGUGUUGACCAGAUACAAGAACCGCAUGUCUGUGGUGUCGGAGGUGGAGGAUGAUGAUAUGCUAUGUCCUAUAUGUUGUGCGUACCCUCUCACAGUCACCUUCGUCCCUUGUACUCACCAGUCGUGCAAAUCGUGUAUCACACAUCACCUGAUGAACAGUAAGGAGUGUUUCUUCUGCAAGACAGCUAUCACAAGAGUCACAUCUGUUGAUGGGUCUGUGAUAUUUGAAGCCCCCGCCACAUCUGACUCCGCUAGUCUUAGAAGCUAGAACUACCACACUAUAACCCAAUUCUAGUCAAUCACUAAGUCAAACAAGCUUAAUGCGCUUAUAUUUUUAUUUGAAUACUUUUCGUUUGUACUAAUUUAUUUCGAGACAUUUAUUCUGUUUUUAAUUCAAACACAUUUUGGUUUUUGUGUUGUUUUUAUGAUUUUCAUUUUUGACUGUUCAUGACAUUUUACAACAUAUCGUAAUGUUUAAAUGUUUAUCACUGAAUAUAUAUUUAUUUUCUGUAA